GCCCCGAGGCAGGGGAGCGAGCACUCGCUGCUGCUGCUGCUGCUGCGCUGCCGAGCCGCCUCUCUGUGCCCCUCCAGCCUCCAGCAUGAGCACCACUGUCAGGCAAUACUCCUCGUCCACCUCGCUCAAGGGCUUCGGGAGCCUGGGGGGAGGCUCCAGCAGGCUCUCGUCCGUGCGUGUUGGGGGAGGAGGGUACCGGGCCCCCAGCGUGCACGGCGGCUCCGGCAGCUACUCCGUCUCUUCCCGCGUGGUCUCGGGGCUCGGCAGCGGCUUUGGGGGCAGCUACUGCAGCAGCGCAGGAGGGGCCCUGGGCGGGGGCUUUGGGGGCAGCUAUGGGGCCGGCUUUGGGGCCGGCUUUGGAGGCUUUGGAGGCGGCGAUGGCAUCCUGCCGGCGGGGGAGAAGGAGACCAUGCAGAACCUCAACGACCGCCUGGCCAACUACCUGGACAAGGUGCGAGCCCUGGAGGAGGCCAACACCGACCUGGAGGUGAAGAUCAGGGAGUGGUACAAGAAGCAGGCACCUGGUCCUGACCGUGACUACAGCCCCUACUACAGGACUAUCGAGGAGCUCAGGAACAAGGUGUUGGUGGCCACAGUGGACAAUUCCAACCUCCUGCUGCAGAUUGACAAUGCCAGGCUGACAGCAGAUGACUUCAGGACUAAGUUUGAGUCGGAGCAGGCUCUGCGCAUGAGCGUGGAGUCCGACAUCAACGGCCUGCGUCGGGUCCUGGACGAGCUGACCCUGUCCAGAGCCGACCUGGAGAUGCAGAUUGAGAACCUGAAGGAGGAGCUGGCUUAUCUGAAGAAGAAUCAUGAGGAGGAAAUGACUGCCCUGCGUGGGCAGGUGGGUGGGGAGAUCAGCGUGGAGAUGGACGCUGCUCCUGGCAUCGACCUCACCAAGAUCCUGGCGGAGAUGCGGGAGCAGUACGAGAGCCUGGCGGAGAAGAACCGCAGGGACGCCGAGCAGUGGUUCUUCAGCAAGACAGAAGAGCUGAACCGGGAGGUGGCCAUCAACACGGAGCAGCUGCAGAGCGGCAAGACGGAGAUCACGGAGCUGCGGCGCACGAUCCAGAGCCUGGAGAUCGACCUGCAGUCGCAGCUCAGCACGAAAGCGGCGCUGGAGGGCACCCUGGCCGACACCGAGGCGCGCUACGGCACCCAGCUGGGCCAGCUGCAGAUGCUGAUCACGGGCGUGGAGGAGCAGCUGGCCGAGCUGCGCUGCGACAUGGAGCGCCAGAACCACGAGUACAGGGUCCUGCUGGACGUCAAGUGCCGCCUGGAGCAGGAGAUCGCCACGUACCGCCGGCUCCUGGAGGGAGAGGACGCCCACAUGUCUUCCCACUACGCCUCGCAGCCUGUGAAAGAAGGACCAGUGACCACCCGCCAGAUCCGCACCAUCUUCGAGGAGGUCCAGGAUGGGAAGGUGAUCUCCUCCCGGGAGCAGAUCACCCAGGCUGCCCACACUUGGAAACGGAAGAAGCAUAAAGAUGCCCUUUGUAAGAGAAAAAGCUUCAAGUGGAAUAUGACAAGAAGCAUAACUAGAACAAAGGCAAAAAUGACGAUUCUGGAAGUUGGCUCAGGUUUUAUGAGUGAUGAAAAUCGUCGGGAAUGCAACAAAAAAAAAAAAAAAAAAGAAGGAAAAAAAAAAGAAGAAAAAAAGUGUGGCAACGCCUCCUGGCCGGGCUAUAAAGGGCCCCGAGGCAGGGGAGCGAGCACUCGCUGCUGCUGCUGCUGCUGCGCUGCCGAGCCGCCUCUCUGUGCCCCUCCAGCCUCCAGCAUGAGCACCACUGUCAGGCAAUACUCCUCGUCCACCUCGCUCAAGGGCUUCGGGAGCCUGGGGGGAGGCUCCAGCAGGCUCUCGUCCGUGCGUGUUGGGGGAGGAGGGUACCGGGCCCCCAGCGUGCACGGCGGCUCCGGCAGCUACUCCGUCUCUUCCCGCGUGGUCUCGGGGCUCGGCAGCGGCUUUGGGGGCAGCUACUGCAGCAGCGCAGGAGGGGCCCUGGGCGGGGGCUUUGGGGGCAGCUAUGGGGCCGGCUUUGGGGCCGGCUUUGGAGGCUUUGGAGGCGGCGAUGGCAUCCUGCCGGCGGGGGAGAAGGAGACCAUGCAGAACCUCAACGACCGCCUGGCCAACUACCUGGACAAGGUGCGAGCCCUGGAGGAGGCCAACACCGACCUGGAGGUGAAGAUCAGGGAGUGGUACAAGAAGCAGGCACCUGGUCCUGACCGUGACUACAGCCCCUACUACAGGACUAUCGAGGAGCUCAGGAACAAGAUUCUUUCUGCAACUGUUGAAAAUGCCAACAUCGUCCUGCAAAUCGACAAUGCCAGGCUGGCAGCAGACGACUUCCGAACCAAGUUUGAGUCGGAGCAGGCUCUGCGCAUGAGCGUGGAGGCCGACAUCAACGGCCUGCGCCGGGUCCUGGAUGAGCUGACCCUGUCCAGAGCCGACCUGGAGAUGCAGAUUGAGAACCUGAAGGAGGAGCUGGCUUAUCUGAAGAAGAACCACGAGGAGGAAAUGACUGCCCUGCGUGGGCAGGUGGGUGGGGAGAUCAGCGUGGAGAUGGACGCUGCUCCUGGCAUCGACCUCACCAAGAUCCUGGCGGAGAUGCGGGAGCAGUACGAGAGCCUGGCGGAGAAGAACCGCAGGGACGCCGAGCAGUGGUUCUUCAGCAAGACAGAAGAGCUGAACCGGGAGGUGGCCAUCAACACGGAGCAGCUGCAGAGCGGCAAGACGGAGAUCACGGAGCUGCGGCGCACGAUCCAGAGCCUGGAGAUCGACCUGCAGUCGCAGCUCAGCACGAAAGCGGCACUGGAGGGCACCCUGGCCGACACCGAGGCGCGCUACGGCACCCAGCUGGGCCAGCUGCAGAUGCUGAUCACGGGCGUGGAGGAGCAGCUGGCCGAGCUGCGCUGCGACAUGGAGCGCCAGAACCACGAGUACAGGGUCCUGCUGGACGUCAAGUGCCGCCUGGAGCAGGAGAUCGCCACGUACCGCCGGCUCCUGGAGGGAGAGGACGCCCACAUCUCCUCCCAGUACUCCUCGGCCAUGUCCUCACACUCUGGCAGAGAUGUCAUGACAUCGUCCCGCCAGGUGCGCACGAUCGUGGAGGAGGUGCAGGAUGGGAAGGUGGUCUCCUCCCGGGAGCAGGUGGCACUCACCACUCGCUAGGACAGCCCCUGGCUCAGGAGAGCAUCAGACUGAGCCAAGAAGUGCCUGAGGCCAUGCGUGGCCUGGUUGUGUGCACCCUUCACCUGCUCUUCCUCAUGUGUUGCCCUCAUUCCAUGCAGGUGUCUCUGGACACACUUAAUAAAGCUUUUUCUUCUCGCUCGUGCAA